AUGAAAAAAGGGCAGAAGGAUAGGGGCGGUCCUGAUGCGGUCAAACCCGUUCUUCCGGAUGAUUGAAGCAUUUAACAGGCAGAUUCCUCUCAUCCCUAACAAAGCAGCAGUGAUACACUGAAGAGGUGACAUCUCUAGCAGCGGUACUCGGGUGAAAGCUCCUUGGUCUUCUGUAUUUUGAUGUAGAUUCCCUGACAUGUGGGCAUAACUACAUAAAAGAAAAAAUGAGUGGGGAAAGUGCGAGUGUUUCAGGAAACCUGGCUCUGGAUGACUCUGGGAAAGGACUCUCCAUUAGUGGGAAUGCUGCGAACACUGUUGGUGCAAAAAGUGGACUUAAAGUUGAGGAUGACAUUGUGGCAGCAACGAUAAAUCUUGGCAACCUUGACAAAAAGGAUGUGCAUAAUAUCCUGGAGAUCCUAAAGCCUUAUGGAGACAACAUGAAGGUUCUGACAAAAAAGGAUCUGAGUGCCGGGGCUUCCCUGGACCCAUUUGGACUGGGUCUCAAAGGCACUACAGAGGGGCUCCUAAAAAAGGAUCUUUCACUUGAUGCAUCUGCUGGCCCACCAUCUUUUUCCUUAAAUGGCCUCAAUGGAGACUUAAAUGGUCUGGGUGGUAAAAUAAAUGGCCCCACCCUCAAUGGAGACCUGCCCAAACUUGGCCUGAAUAAGCCAUCAGGUGAUGCUGGUGCUGCAGUCACAAUGCCAUCCAUAGGACUACCGGGAACCGAUGUAAAGGCAGAUCUAGGUGGUUCUCUUAAUGCUCCUAAUGUCAGUGCCUCAGCUCCACAAGUCAAGAUGCCAAAUGCCUCCUUGAAAAUUGAUAAACCAGAAAUCCAGACAGGCAAAUAUCAGCCCCCUAAGUUUACAAUGCCAAGCUUCGACCUACCAAAAAUUGAACCACCAAAUGGCAAACUGGACAUGUCUGGUGACAUUGAUCUUCCAUCUGUUAGUGGGAAUGUAAACGCACCAAACCUUAAUCUGUCGGCUCCAAACUUUGCUCUUCAAAAUCCAGAUUUGGAUCUGAAUGUUCCAAAAGCAAAUUUUAAUGGCCCUAGUGCAAAGUUAGAAGCCCCAAAUGCAGACAUUAAUGCACCCUCAGGCAAAUUCAAGUGGCCACAUGCUAAAUGGAAAGGUACUAAAGUUGAAGGGCCAGAUGCUGACCUAUCAGUACCUAAUGUCAAUGUUUCCACACCACGGCUUGAUGGGGAUUUAAGUGGGCCAGAUGUUGAUCUAAACUUGCCUAAAGCUGACAUCAAGGGUCCUGAACUAGAUGUUAAAGCCCAUGACAUUGACAUUGAUGCUCCUUCUGGUAAAAUCAACUGGCCCCACUUAAAAUGGAAGAAACCCAAACUUCAUGGCUCCAAAGAUAGUCUGGAUAUAGAUGCAAACAUUGACACGCCUGAGGUUGGGCUUUCUGUUCCAAAGGUAAAGGGGGAGCUUGAUGCCCCAAAAGUUGACGUAAACUUGCCAAAGGCAGAUAUCAAUGGCCCAGACCUUGAAAUGCAACCCUUAGAUGUUGAUGCUCCAUCUGGUAAAAUCAACUGGCCUCACCUGAAAUGGAAAAAGCCCAAGCUUCAUGGCCCGAAAGCAGACUUGGGCAUAGAUGGAGAUCUAAACACCCCAGACUUAAAUCUCACAGGACCAAAGAUUGAUGGGGACUUAAAUGUUCCAAAUACUGAAGUGAAUCUCCCCAGAGCUGACUUGACACCUCCUGAUUUAAAUAUUCAAACUCAACAUGAUGUUGAUGCCCCCUCAGGAAAAAUCAACUGGCCACAUCUGAAAUGGAAAAAACCCAAGCUUCAUGGACCAAAAGUCGACCUGGAUGCAAAUUUGAAUGCACCAGAUGUUGAUCUAUCAGCUCCAAAGCUUAAUGGUGAGAUUAACUCACCAGAUCUUGAUGUAAAUUUACCUAAAGCUGAUGUUAAUAUUGGAAAACCAGGGGUAGACAUUGACUCUCCAUCUGGAAAGUUCAAAUGGCCCACCUUUAAAAAGCCAAAGACCAAGAUAAAUGGUCCUGAUGUUGAUUUGGAUGCUGAUGUUUCUGCCCCUGCUCUCAAUCUCUCAGCUCCAAAGAUUGAUGGUAAAAUUGACUCGCCAGAUCUUGAUGUAAAUUUACCUAAAGCUGAUGUUAAUAUUGGAAAACCAGGGGUAGACAUUGACUCUCCAUCUGGAAAGUUCAAAUGGCCUACCUUUAAAAAGCCAAAGACCAAGAUAAAUGGUCCUGAUGUUGAUUUGGAUGCUGAUGUUUCUGCCCCUGCUCUCAAUCUCUCAGCUCCAAAGAUUGAUGGUAAAAUUGACUCGCCAGAUCUUGAUGUAAAUUUACCUAAAGCUGAUGUCAAUGUUGGGAAACCAGACAUAGACCUUGACUCUCCAUCUGGAAAGAUCAAGUGGCCCACGUUCAAAAAGCCAAAGUGGUCAAUUUCUCAGCCCAAGGUAAAUGGCCCUGAUGUUGACUUGGAUGCUGAUGUUUCUGCCCCUGACCUCAGUCUCUCGGCUCCAAAGAUUGAUGGUAAAGUAGACACGCCAGAUCUUGAUGUAAAUUUACCUAAAGCUGAUGUUAAUGUUGGAAAACCAGACAUAGACAUUGACUCUCCAUCUGGAAAGUUUAAAAAGCCCACAUUCAAAAUGCCAAAGUGGUCAAUUUCUCAGCCCAAGGUAAAUGGCCCUGAUGUUGACUUGGAUGCUGAUGUUUCUGCCCCUGACCUCAGUCUCUCGGGUCCAAAGAUUGAUGGUAAAGUAGACACGCCAGAUCUUGAUGUAAAUUUACCUAAAGCUGAUGUUAAUGUUGGAAAACCAGACAUAGACAUUGACUCUCCAUCUGGAAAGUUUAAAAUGCCCACGUUCAAAAUGCCAAAGUGGUCAAUUUCUCAGCCCAAGGUAAAUGGCCCUGAUGUUGACUUGGAUGCUGAUGUUUCUGCCCCUGACCUCAGUCUCUCGGCUCCAAAGAUUGAUGGUAAAGUAGACACGCCAGAUCUUGAUGUAAAUUUACCUAAAGCUGAUGUUAAUGUUGGAAAACCAGACAUAGACAUUGACUCUCCAUCUGGAAAGUUUAAAAAGCCCACGUUGAAAAUGCCGAAGUGGUCAAUUUCUCAGCCCAAGGUAAAUGGCCCUGAUGUUGACUUGGAUGCUGAUGUUUCUGCCCCUGACCUCAGUCUCUCGGCUCCAAAGAUUGAUGGUAAAGUAGACACGCCAGAUCUUGAUGUAAAUUUACCUAAAGCUGAUGUUAAUGUUGGGAAACCAGACAUAGACAUUGACUCUCCAUCUGGAAAGAUCAACUGGCCCAACUUUAAAAAGCCAAAGGUCAAGGCAAACUGCCCUGAUGUUGACUUAAAUGCUGAUGUUUCUGCCCCUGAUCUAAAACUCUCAGCUCCAAAUAUUGAUGGUAACAUAAACACUCCGGACUUGCAAAAUCCCAAGUUAGACAUUGAUGUUCCUGAUGCUGACGUAGAUAUCCCGCAUGGCAAACUCAAUUUUUUCAAUUUUAAGAAGAAAAAAGUACCAAAAGCUGACUUUGACACUGAUGUCAAGGUGCCAGAUGUUGACAUUAAAGGGCCAGAGGUGGAUUUGAAUUCACCAGACGUGGAUCUAUCAGCACCUAAGAUUAAUGCCAAGGCACCAAAAGCUGAACUGGAUGCCCCUGAUGUCAACAUGAAAUCUCCAGAUUUGGAUAUCAACCUGCCAAAGGUAGACCUGAAAGCACCUGAUGGGCAGCUUAAAACACCAGAUUUAGAUUCAAACCUUGGGGAUUUUAAAUUGCCUCAUUUAAAAUUUCCAGCACUUGAUCUUUCAAGUCCUAAUGCAGAAAUUCCAGAGGUCCAUGCAACCGGGAAGGCUGGAAUUGAGGCCCCAAGGUUAAACACAGGCAGUCCUGCAGCUGAUGCUAGCCUUUCUGUUCCAUCAGUGGAUCUGAAUGGACCAAAGGUAGAAGGAAACAAAGUAGAAAUUAAAGCUCCAGAUGUAGAUGUGGGUGUUGAGAAGUCUAGGUUCCCACAUUUUAGGAUGCCAAAAUUCAGCUUUACACAAUCUAAAGCGAAAUCUGGAGAGAUCAAUGCUGGUGCCAAUUCUGAAGAGGAUGAUGAAAAUGGUGAUGACUCUGACAAUGAUGCUUCAAAUGUUGAGAUGGAUGUUCCUUUGUUCAAAUUCCACCGUCUGCCAAAAGCAAGCCUAGACGGAGUUGGUGAAACUUUUAAUCCAAUUGGCUUAUCCAAACGGGAUAGUGGGGAAAAGGACUUUAUCAUAAGCAAGGGGGUGAAGCUGCCAAUAAGUAACGCAUCAAAAACAGUGGGCAAGAUCGACCUUUUCGAGAAACUGAAACUGGCGCAGGAAAAAAAAACCAGUGCCUCACCUACGGAUGAGAAAAAUGCUAAUCUGAAACUUGCUGCUCCAAGUCUUGACGUCAAUGUCUCUGGAGAUUCCUCUCUGGGAGUAGGGAGUGCUUUCAAAACGGAAAAGCCAGAGUAUUCCGAUGAAAAUCAAAAGCUGGAUUUGGGUCUCUCCAACAUGCUUUGUCUUAGUACUGAUGAUCCAGAUGCUGUCUGAUUCUUUGUUAAAAGACUAGGUUUCAAACUUCAACUGUUGUGAAUAGAUCCUAAACCAAUGCCACAUAUGUUUGUAGUCGGAUAAUAGAAUCUUUUUUUAUUAUAUAAGCUAAAUUUGUAUUUAUUUGUACAAGCUUUUUUUGCUAUACUUUUUAUUCAGAAAAUAUACUUGGUAAAGUGCAUGUGAUCACAGUAAGCUUCAGAGACUAUUUUACUGUUUUAACAUUUUAAAUAAGUUUGUGAAUGUAUUUGCCAUUGUUGCUCAAUAAAUCAAUGAAAUGUCCUUAA